UUCCGCUUCCUGCACCGACAACCAGCAGCACACCGAGCCUACACGAAGUUGAAGCGCAGGAGCAGAGAGAGAGAGAGAGGGAGACACACGGAGACAGACGCGGGGUUUUUGCCGCCUGCCUUCGGGUACAACCCCCCCCCCUGCCCGACGACUGCAAUGUUUUCACUAUCAGGCGGCGAUUAGCAACUUUCCGUUUGCACUGACUGUACGGGAGCGUUUUACGCAUUUGCACCGCCUGAAAAAGCAAGGCUAAAGGAAGGAGGAGGAGGACCGACAGCACCGAAAAAAGGACAGCACACUCUCUAUCUCUCUCUCACACACACACACACACACGGAGAAGCCAGGCUACUACGGGUAUUCCUCCCAUUAGCUCCGUCUGAACGCCCGUUUUCAGCCUCCAGGAUGUCGGAGCGAGGAGGGCUCCCGCGGACUGGGGGCGUCCCUUCGCCGCACAUGCAGCCCUCCAAACCGGUCAGCAUCACCUCCAACCGGCCGGUCCACAUGAACCUGUACGCUACCUGGGAGGUGGACCGCUCCUCACCCAGCUGUGUGCCGAGGCUGUUCAAUCUGACUCUGAAGAAGCUGAUCAUGCUGAAGGAGCUGGAUAAAGAUCUCACCUCGGUGGUGAUCGCCGUCAAACUGCAGGGCUCCAAGCGGAUCCUGCGCUCCAACGAGAUCCUGCUGUCCUCAGCGGGUCUGACAGAGACCGACCUGCAGCUCACCUUCUCCCUGCAGUAUCCACACUUCCUCAAGAGGGACGCCAACAAGCUUCAGAUCAUGCUGCAGCGGCGGAAGCGAUACAAGAACCGCACCAUCCUGGGAUACAAGACGCUGGCCCUGGGCCUCAUCAACAUGGCCGAGGUGAUGCAGCAUCCCAGUGAAGGCGCCCAGGUCCUGGGGCUGCACAGCCAGCUGAAGGACGCCUCGGUGCCCGUCGCUGAGGUCAGAGUCUACUCCCUGUCCAGCCAGCCCAUCGACCACGAGGGGCCCAAAGCCAAAAUGUCCGAUCGCUCCCCUGACAUUGACAACUACUCUGAGGAAGAGGAGGAGAGCUACUCGUCUGAACAGGAGGGCAGCGAUGAUCCCAUUCACGGGCAGUAUCUAUAUGAUGAAGAAGACGAGGUGAGGAAGAAGAAGCCGAGGCGUAAGCUGCCCUCCAAUGCCGCCAUCACUAGACAACCCAACAUCAAGCAGAAGUUUGUCGCCCUGCUGAAAAGGUUUAAAGUCACUGAUGAGGUUGGUUUUGGUCUGGAGCACGUGUCCAGGGAGCAGAUCCAGGAGGUGGAGGAGGACCUGGACGAGCUCUACGACAGCCUGGAGAUGUACAACCCCAGCGACAGUGGGCCGGAGAUGGAGGAGACCGACAGCAUCCUCAGCACACCCAAACCUAAGCUAAGGCCAUUCUUCGAGGGGAUGUCUCAGUCGAGCUCGCAGACGGAGAUCGGCAGUCUGAACAGCAAAGGCAGUUUGGGCCGAGACACUUUCAGUCCACAGGGGGAGCAGCCUCCUUUAGAGAAGAUGAAACUCUCCCGCAGCCGCAACCUGGAGGAGGCCCUGUCUGAGACAGACACACUGGAGCUAACAGAUCAGGAGCUGUUUGCUGAGGUGGGCCCCUGCAUCAUGGUGUCAGAGGCAGAGAAACCCCGUACACCCAUGAAGAGCAGCAAAAUCGAACCGCAGACCAUGCCGUCACCAAGGCUGGACGGAGGCCACACGCCCCGACAGAAGCGCAUCAGCACUCCCAUGAAGGAGAGACAGUUGUCCAAACCUCUGAGUGAACGCACCAACAGCUCGGACUCAGAGAGAUCCCCGGAGCUGGGCCACAGCACGCCGGUCCUGAGGAAGGUGGUGUACGACCAGCUGAAUCAGAUCUUGUUGUCGGACUCUGCGCUCCCAGAGAGUCUAAUCCUAGUCAAUGGAACAGACUGGCAGGGGCAGUAUGUUGCAGAGCAGCUCCAGGUCCAGAGACACCCGGUGGUCUGCACGUGUUCGGCGGCCGAAAUCCAGGCGGUGCUGUCUGCUGUGCUCACCCGCAUCCAGAAAUUCUGUAACUGUAACUCGUCCAUGCCCAGAGCGGUGAAGGUGGCGGCGGUGGGUGGUCAGAGUUACCUCGGAGCCAUCCUGCAGUUCUUCGUCACUCAGCUCGCCAACAAAACGUCUGACUGGCUCAACCACAUGCGCUUCCUCGUGGUGCCUCUGGGCUCCCAUCCGGUUGCCAAGCACCUCGGCGCCCUUGACAACCGCUACAGCUCCUCUUUCCUGGACGGGUCGUGGAGAGACGUGUUCAGCCGCUCCGAGCCGCCGCCAACAGACCAGCUGGAUGUCGCGGGAAGAAUCACCCAGUACAUCAGCGGCGCCACUGUCACACAUCAGCUGCCCAUCGCCGAGGCCAUGCUCACCUGCAAACACAGGACGCGAGACGAAGACUCUUACCAGAAAUUCAUUCCUUUUAUUGGGGUAGUGAAGGUUGGUCUCAUUGAGUCUGGUCCUUCUCCAACAGGAGAUACAGAGGAGGGCGUGGCUGUGAGUUUGGCCGUCCCCUCCACGUCUCCUCCGUCCCACGGCUCCCCCACAGGGAUGAUUAAAGAGGCGGCCACUCCCCCCUCCUCCCCUUCCAUGGGCAGCGUCCUGACAGUACAAGGGAGUCCCAGCAUGUCUCACGGCGUGGAUGCCAUCGGCCUUCAGGUGGAUUACUGGCUGGCUUCGCUCGCUGAGAAGCGGCGGGAGGGCGAGCGACGUGACACGGGCUGCAAGAACACACUGAAGAGCGCCUUCCGCUCGCUUCAGGUCAGCAGGCUACCAGGCGGGGGCAGCAGUGAUCCACAGGCCCAAGUCAGCACCAUGGCCAUGACUGUGGUCACCAAGGAGAAGAACAAGAAAGUCCCCACCAUCUUCUUGGGAAAGAAGCCCAAGGAAAAGGAUGUAGACUCCAAGAGCCAGGUCAUUGAAGGCAUCAGCCGACUCAUCUGCUCUGCAAAGCAGCAGCAGACCAUCCUGAAAGUGUCCAUAGAUGGCGUGGAGUGGAACGACGUGAAGUUCUUCCAGCUGGCCGCCCAGUGGCCCACCCACGUCAAAUACCUACCUGUUGGACUUUUUGGCUACAGCAAGCCCCCGUCCUAGGGGUCAGCGCCCCUUGACUCCUCUGACCCAGAAUUGACCUUUGACUCUCCUCGAUCCUGUCACACCUUCACACACACAGAUCCUGCCUCUCAGCAGCUGUCGAGCUGAGAGAAGACGUCGAGUGGCCGGACAGUUUUUCUUUCUUUGAUUUCAUGUUCGCUACAGUUGUCUUAUUUCUCUUUGGGGAGGGAUAGGAGGAAGAGGAGGAGGAGGAGGGUGGUGUUGGGGUGCAGCGCUGUUACUAGUCACUUUAAUGCCCCUUUCAGUGCGUGUUUGUGUGUGUGUGUGUGUGUGGGUGUGUGUGUGUGUGUGUGUGUGUGUGUCGAGUGUGCAUGCACACGUGAAUGUACAGUAUGUGUGUGUGUAUGUGUUUACAAGGGGCUUACAGCACAAGUUUAUUAGCUAACUGCCAUUUACGUUUCCGUUCUAUGGAAUGCAAUAGCAUGCAACUACUUACCGAUUUCAAGCCCUUAAAAAUCUGACCCUCAACUUUUGACCCCCGACCUUUGGCGAAACCCUUGAAGCUCACCUCAAUGACCUGAUCCACACGUGCAUGCAUCAAACUAACAGAUACACCACUCAUGUGCCGGAAAACAUUAACUCAAAAUAAAAAGUAACGCAACAGGGCUUCAGUGUUUGCAUGAGCCAAUGAAAACACAAAGGAAAACGUCUCAUCUGCUCACAAAAUGCAGUCAAUAAAAGGCUGGAUUGUGAUGAAUUUCUCCUCCACCUGUUCUACAUCAACAGUACAGAUGCCCUUCAAAACAGGCCCAGGCUUUUUUUUUUUUAUUAUUAUUAUUAUUUUUUUUUUAUUUCAAGGGCUUCCAUGUAACAUUUAAAAAAAGAUUCUGUGCCAGAAUAAGUCAUUUGGACGUCUAAUGCCAAACAUUUCAAAAAAGAUGAAAAAAAAAAAAAAAAGAAAAUAUAUAAAGGGGGAAGUGUCUUUUUUUUUUAAUUGUGUUCUGGUGAUAAAUAGUCAAACCUUCCCUUUAAUGCUGUUGUGUGAUGCAUAGUGUGCGUUUUUGUGAAGAGUUCCAGGGUUUCAGGGCAGUGGCUACUGUAAUGUGCAGUUUCCUUUAUCUUCUUAUUUGCUAUGCACUUAUGAGUACACAUGGACCAUCUGGGCGUUUGCAGCUGGUAAAAAAAUAGAUUAACUCUCUUAACAGCAGACCCAACCAAAUAUGCAACAGGAAACAAAAUGCAUAUUUAAAAACAGACUAAAACACAGCAGCGUUGAUGGGAAUAUGAUCAUUUUUUUCUUUUUUUUUUCCAGGAUAAGCCCAGCUCUUUCAUGAGUAUUUAUACCACAGGAAUGGGAGUUAGUCACCCGCAAUAAAGCACAAUGUUGUCGCCAGUUGUCCCCAAAACAUCCUCUCUUUAUUGGCAACGGACUGGCAGCUUUCUCUUCAGUGAAAACAGCAGACCUGGGCAAAAUGUACAUCCUUUGAGCAUCCCCCCUUUCUUCUUAAUAACCUUCAUUUUAUCAGGAAAAAAAAAAAAAAGAAGUGUUUGGGUUUCAGUUAUUUUGGCACAGGUCUGCUACAUGCUUUCUCUAGGAUGUCGUGAGGUGAUUAGUGAGUGUACAGUAACUGGUAACAAGUGUGUGUGUGUAUGUGGUGAAAUAAACGUAAUGUGGUGAGAAACAUUAAAAAAAUCACUAAAUAGGAGGAAUACUUUUUCCACCAUGUGACAGAGGACAUGCAAUUGGUUUGUGUGUGCGUGUGUGUGUGUGCGUGUGUGCGUGUUGGCACUGUGUGUUGAUGAUGUGGUGAUUAUCAGAUCAGGGCUGCAAAAGCUGCAGUGGUGGUCUUGUUUACUUUGUGGCCUGGCACAAGGCGAAUGCAGAUUUUUCCACCACUAAGCAACAACUAUAAAAAAAAAAGAAGACGAUAAAAAGAAAUUCAGUUUUAUUGAAAUUAUUUGAUUGAAAUUCAACUAUGGUACAAAUUCAAGGAUGUAUCUGGAUUAGUGGUUUAUAAUAAUUGUUUAAAAAAAAAAAAAAAGGAAUUUUUAAAAAGCAAAGCUGUGUGGCUCUGCCUUGUGUCACCUGCAUCGUAACACUCUCCUUCUCCAGUGAAGUAUUAGCAAAAUAUUUCUUUCUUUUUAAUAGUGUUAAUGCCAAUGUCUUGAUUUAAAUGCUGUUUUUGUUUGUUUGAUAAUAGAUUAGAAAGUACAGUGUUACAGUCAGUGAUGUCAGCAGCAUGUCUCAAACUCAGCCUUUUUUUUUGUUUGUUUGUUUCUGUCGGACAGCACCUGUUACGCAAGGUUUCUCGCUGAAGGGUCUCAGAGCUCACCUGUUUGUUGGCUCUCUGUUCGGUUAACAGCUCAUCUGUCACCACUGAACAAACACUCAGUCUGGUGUUGAUUGAUUUGAACUACUUACAAAUAUUUGAAUGUAUUGAGUUUCGUUUACACAUGCUGUCCUGCAUCUUUGUGAACGACUGAUUUGAAGGCAAUAGUAAAGAUAUGCGUCACUAAAAUAAAAUAAUUUAGUGUUAAUUGGCCUAAUUUCAGAUUUUAGAAAUGAUCUGCUCCACCACUCCAGUGCCGCCAUUUGAAAGUCUGCAUGAACUGUUGACAGACGGCGAGUUUGGACACUUUUCUCUAACUUUUCUAUGUAAACAACGACAAAAAAUUAAACAGCCAGUGGGCUUCUUGAACGCAGCCCUCUUGAAACCUUCAAUUUUCUUUCACUGGAGUUGCUGAAGAGCAGUAAAGGGCUUGAGAGACAGACUGACUGCUAGCCUCCAAAAAGAGGCUGGGUUUGAAUUACUCCUGAAUAUCAGUGAGCGUUGAAGUACUGUAAUUUGAAGUAGAGGUUACUUGAUCCAAACUGAGAUUUUUGGUUUUCUGGUACCACUUAAAUAACCCCAAAAUGCUUUAUAAUUUGCCACUAAUGACUUUAUUAAUGUUGAUUAAUAGGUUUUGAGCUGCUAUAAUGCAUGAAUGGAAAGAACUUUUGUGUUGCCAGGUUUUGAGACCAAAUUUCCAUAAAGUAUCCCUUUGGUUAGUGUAUUAUAUAUCUUCAUCUCCUUUUUAACGCUACACUAAUCAAUAUUUUUAUAUUAAAAGUGGGUCAAAUGACUAUGUCUAAGGUGAAAGUGGUGACUCGUAGUGACAAACUCAGAGAAUUAACACCCAAGUCCGUAGUUCCCUUUCAGAGCUACACAGCGAUUUUAGCCUCUUUUAGCUCAUUGUUUUGGUUUUUGAGCACACAGCGUUACUGGCUCCCAUCAGCCUCAUUUCCAGCCACAGCAGAGCAGGCAGCUGCAAAAAUCUCUGUUAACCCCACCGUACACUACCCGUUAAGCACCAAACUACAGACAGACAAAGUUAGCAACUAGUUGAUGAACGCCGUGGAGCAUUUAACAGCUAAAAAGCCGGAUGUUUCCCUCUGGAGUUGGUAGAGACCAAAAACAGAGUGAAUGUUGGACUAAAAUUCAUCAAGGGGCCAGAAACAUCACUCUAUGCUAAUGCCACUCGGUGUCUCACAUAAACUUUAAUAAGUCAUAGUGGCAACUCAUUACAUUUUUUAAGUAUACUUUAUUGUGAAAGGGUACCACAUUUUAAAAUUUGACAGAUGGAUUUAAAAAAUGUUUUUUCUUAUACCUUGAACAUGGAGGGGCUAUGAUCUUACAUCUACAAUAAGAAUCGACCUCUACUAACUCAAAGUAGAGUUGCCUUGUAGUGUCGUCAGUCAAAUUAUUGCAAUGAUGUGAAUCUAAAAUUUUCCUAAAUUGUAAUAGUUUAAUAAGUAAUAGUUUAUUGAUGCCUCUUUUGCUUUCACUCGCUCACUGAUUGAACUGAAAUUGAAAUCUGAAAUGUUCCGCUGAAAGAGACAAAAUCACUGCCAAACCUAAAAUUUGAGAAGAAAAAAAAGAUAGAUUAUAUUCAGAUAGAUUUGUGGUGUUUAUGGGGUGCUGAUAACUUAUAACACAUAACAACAAAGUGAUCCUUGUUCUUGAGUCAUUAUUUCAAUGUUUGGAGGAACUGAAUGCUUUUCCAUCGCAGCCACGUUCUGCAGUUUUUCUCGUCUUUGUCACCUUUAGAACAAUCUUCCCUUCAUUCUUGCCGUUCACGUUUUCCCUUAAGUCUCUUCGGAAACGCUGGUUGUUCUGUAUGUAAGUCUUGAACUUGUUCCUGUGUGUUUUUUCCUGUACCUCUGUACCUGUGUCGACCUGUGUUUGUGAAGCUGUAACGAUGGUUCCUCUGUCCUUGAUUAGUCGUGGUUAGAGAUUAGGAGCUGUUCGGUCCAUCGAUAUUUGUCAGUGAUCAGCAGUGUCUUUUCUCUCCACCGUCCUCAGAAAUAUGUCGCUCUGAUGAUGAGAGAGUCUUCUUCACCAGGCUUCCACAAGCUUAGCUUUCUGAAAAGAUAUUGUUCCCAUUCCCUCACAGCUUGUAAAUUUGCCGUCUGUCCUCAUGGGAACGGGAUUUGCCUAUGAAAGCAGUAGACCUCUGCCUGACGAGGUUCUGCCCGCAGCAGAGCGUCCCUAAGCUUGUGGACUUGUGGAGAGUAUUUUGCACAUGCCAUUGUUUCUUCAGCAGCAGUCUUCAGCUUUUUUGCCUUUUGCCUAUAACAAUAACUAUAUUACACAAACUAUAAUGCUUGUACAUAUCAGAUAGUACUUGUUAUAUUGUAUUCUAGUUCUUUUUUUGUCUUUUUUUUGUUUGUUUUUCUUAAUUUCACAUGUUUUGUAGUACUGCUUUUUCAUGAUUACAUUUGUUAAUCAAACAGAUGUGGGAUGAAAAGUGGAAGUGUUCAUUGUUUCAUUUGUUUUUUAAAAUAAAAAUAUU